AUGUUUAGAAGAAUAAAAGUGACGGGUGGGACAGCCACCGGCCAAGUGGGGAUAAAGAAGAAAUCGAGAGUCCCCGGGGUGAUGAUUACGCAGUUUAUCGAGGAGCUGCCAGAGGGAAAGAGCCAUCCAGACUUCACCCGCAAGCCGAUUGCUUUGACCAUCCAAGAGGGAAAAUUUGCUUUUUUUAAAGCGAUUGUCACUGGAGACCCACAGCCGACCGUAACAUGGCGCAGAAAUAAUGGAGAUGUAUCUGAUGUGUCGAGAUAUCAGACUAAAUACGAUCCCAAUUCCAAUGAGCAUACAUUUGAGAUGCCAAAUGUCAUGCCAGAUCAAGCCGAUACCUAUAAAUGCUUUGCCAUGAAUGAAUAUGGACAAGCCGUGGUCACGGUUGUUCUCAACGUGAUUGCAGUUGGUUUCAAAAAGAACAAAGCCCCGCAAGAAGCAGCUGAAGCCCCCGAUGGGAAUUUUAAGACCAUCCGGCCGAAAUCUGAGCAACCUGAGAAAAAAGACGGAGAGAUCGAUCCUAAAUUUUGGGAGCUCUUAAUCAGCGCCGACAAGAAAGACUAUGAGAGCAUUUGUGCCCAGUUUGGAGUGACCGACUUUCGUGUGAUGCUAAAGAAACUUAAUCUAAUGAAGAAAGAAAGGCAGGAAGAACAAGCUGAGUUUGUGAGCAACCUGUCCAACCUGAGACACAUAAAAGUCAAUGGAGAUGGCACUGCAUCCUUUGAGCUUGAGAUGGACCUUAUUGAACAAAGCAGCUCUAUAUUCCUGUACAAGGAUGGUGUAAUGGUUCCAUAUACAAAGGAGUUGGGAGAUAAGAUGAAGCACACUCUUAAUAAAGUGGGGAAAAAGUACAUUUUCAGUUUGAGGGACCUUAUGCCAGACGAUGCUGGACUGUACCAAUUGGAUGUGGGGAAUGUGAAUAUGUUUUCCACUGAAUUUAAAAUCCCCAUGGUGGAAUUCUUGGUGAAGAUUCAGGAAGUGAAGGCAAUAGAGAGAGAAGAUGCUGUUUUUGAGUGUGUCCUGUCCAAUCCCUUUUCCAAGAUUUUGUGGUUUGGCAAGAAUUUACCGCUGGAACAAGACGAUAAAUAUGAUAUCCAGGUUUCUGAGGACAAGCUCAUCCACAGGCUGGUGGUCAAAGACUGCUUGAUAGUAGACAAAGGAAUUUACUCCGCCUGCGCAGGAAUCAAAUCUUGUAAUGCAUGGCUUGUUGUUGAAGCUGAUAAAAAUGCACAAAAGGGCAAAAAAACAGCAAGGAAAACCACAAGGGCAGGAGGAUCUGGGAUGGAUCUGCAGAAGGUUGCCGAAGAGCAGCAAGUAAAAUUAGUGAAGGAGAGAGAAGAAAGAAUAGAACAGAUUAAAGCUGCGCCAGCUGCACCUCCACCUGAAUCUCCUCCAGCUCCUGCACCCGCUAAGGCUGAACCUAAGGCACCGAUAGACGCUGAGCCAAGAAUUGUAAGCGAACCAGCAGCAGCGGCGGAUCCACCUGUUGUGGAGGUAGGAAGAACUGAGCCUGGAAUUAGCUGUGGACUUUCCGAUAUUUAUGUUCUUCAUGGAAAUCCGGCUGAGUUAAUGGUGAAGAUGAACAUGGACUGCGACAGCACCUGGUUCACAGACGGAGAGCAGUUGAACUCAGGUGCUGGAGUCACCAUAACCAAAGAUGGAUCCUCUCACAAGCUGACAAUUCAAAGCUGCAAAGACGACGACUCUGGAGUUUAUCGCUUUGCGUCAGGGGAUCAGAGCACACAAGGAAAGGUCACUAUCGGAGGUGUACCUGAAUUUGACCCAGACGAUCUUCACAAGUUCUCCAAACCUGUGAUUAUACGAGUUGGCCAGAAUGCUGCUUUCAAGAUGCCCUUUCCUCCUCAGGAGUCUUUGGUGGUCAGUUGGUUCAAGGACGACACUGAGCUCAAAGACGGAGGAGGAGUUAAGAUCGUGAGGGAGCCCAAUCACAGCCGGCUGCUGCUCAGAGACUGCCUGCGGACAGACGCAGGGGAAAUAAAGAUCCAACUCAAAAACCCAGUUGGGGCCGUGGAGGCCACAUCUAAGCUUAUUGUACUUGAUCGGCCAGGUCCUCCGGAGGGUCCAGUCGAGACUGUUAAAACAACCUCAACUUUAAUUGAGAUUAAAUGGAACCCUCCCAAAGACGACGACGGCGGCUCCGCCGUCACCAACUACAUUAUAGAACGGCAGCAGGCAGGACAAGCUCUGUGGACGAAGCUCGGGGAUGUCUCCGCUGACCAGACGACCUCCAUCAGGGACAGGAAUGUGACUCAUGGAAAGAAAUACAACUACCGCAUCUACGCAGAAAACCCAGAGGGCCUCAGCGACACCCUGGAGACAGCUGAUAGCAUUAUGGCUGGCAUAAUGAUCCUCUCCGGUCCACCUGGCGCCCCCACAGUCGUGAGUGCCUCUAAAACCUGCAUCAACUUGACCUGGACCCCCCCAGAGGACGACAGAGGAGUACCGAUAAUUGGUUACCAAUUGGAGAAACGAAAGAAGGACACAAACCAGUGGAUCGCACUCAAUGCACUCAAUGAACCGAUUGAAGACGUGAACUACGCAGUUAAAGAGGUCACUGAUGGAGCAGAGUAUGAGUUCAGGGUUUCAGCGAUUAAUGAGUCCGGAGCAGGAGACCCAAGCCCUCCCUCUGUAAUGGUGUGUGCAAAGAAUCCCAACAUGAGACCUUGUUUUAAAGACCCAGUGGACUUCAUUGUUGUCAGAGCAGGAAAUUCAGCACGUGUCAAAAUUUGCUAUGAGGCUGAACCUCCACCUCAGAUCACUUGGCUGAAGGAUGAUGAGCCAAUAUCCCCGUGGAUUAAUAUCAUCACUACAGAGGGAAUGUCUCAGCUUGUUAUCCCCUCAUCAAAGUGCUCAGAUUCAGCCAUUUACACGAUUAAAGCCAAAAACUCCGUGGGUGAGGCUUCAUUUGACAUUGUGGUUAGAGUCACAGAUGAACCCAGAACUCCAGGGCCAGUGGAGCUGGAGCAAACAGUCUACGGCAAAGUGGCGGUAUCAUGGGCUCCUUCUCCAGACCAGCAGCUCGACGACCGCCUUUACUACGUGGUGUCUCAAUGCAACUCCAACACCAGAGUGUGGAAGAAUGUAGCAGACCGCCUCUUUGCUAACACAUACACAGUCAACAACCUCCUUCCUGGGGUAGAGUACCAUUUCCGGAUCUACGCCAAGAAUGAUAUGGGCCUCUCAGAUCCAUCUCAGUCACCUACAUGGGGGGCCAACAGCAACAGAGUUCCAAUCCCUUCAAAUGGAGGUAAAUCAUCAUCAGGGGUCAGCUUCGAGAGGCCUCCGUCCAUCUUGGUGCCUCUGAAAGUCCACACACCGCCUAAAGGUUACAAACUGUACAUGACAUGCGCUGUCCGGGGAUGCCCUACGCCCACUGUAUCCUGGUACCUGAACGACGUCUGCAUCAACUUCGACAACAACUACUACAUCACCAACUCAUUUGGUGUGUGCUCCAUGUACAUUCUCAGAGUCCGGUCAAAAGACAGCGGCGUCUGUAAAGUUGUUGCAGUCAACUCUUUUGGCCAGGCAGAGUGUUCCACUAAACUCAUUGUUAGAGAUUGAAAUGACGUGAAGACGUGAAGCAGCCUCUCCUCAUACCGACAUAUUCUGGAAGGGGAAUGCUUUUUGUUUCACUAUAUAGACUGCAUUAAUAUAUUUGAAAUGUGACAAUUUACAAUUGUUACUCCAUCAUCAGAAAUAAUAGCACAAGUGAAGUGACACACUAAAGUGCAAAGACAUCUGUCAAAAUCUAUUGUGGCAACUCCAA